UCCGCGGGUCAGGGGCCGCGCCGGUCGCCGUGGGCGGGGCCGGGCUCUCGGCGGUGGGCGGGGCGCGCCGGGAAAAGUUCCGGGAAGGUGCGCGGCCCGCCCAGACCGGGCGCGGAAGUUGGCGGCGCCCGCGCGCCCGGCGGUGGAGGCCCGCGGCCAUGUCCUCAGGGGGCACCGGGUCCGGCGGGCAGGAGGGGGCCGCGCGCGCGGCAGCGGCUCUCUGCGGCCUGUACCACGAGGCCGGGCAGCGGCUGAGGCGCCUUCAGGAUCAGCUGGCCGCCCGGGACGCCCUCAUAGAGCGCCUCCGCGCCCGCCUGGCCGCGCUCGAGGGGGACGCGGCGCCCUCGCUCGUGGACGCGCUGCUGGAGCAGGUGGCGCGCUUCCGGGAGCAGCUCCGGCAGCGGGAGGGCGGCGCCGGCGAGGCGGCGCUGCGCCAGGAAAUUGAGAGACUUUCUGAGCAACUAGAAGAAAAAGAGAAGGAGACGCAGCAGCUGAUGAGCCAGCCGGAGCACGCGCGCGAGAAGGAGGUGGCGCUGCUGCGGAGGAGCGUGGCGGAGAAGGAGCGCGCCCGGGCUGCCAGCGACAUCCUGUGCCGCUCCUUGGCCGAUGAGACCCACCAGCUGCGGAGGACUCUGGCCGCCACCGCCCACAUGUGCCAGCAUCUGGCCAAGUGUCUGGAUGAACGACAGCGCACUCAGGGGGACGUGGGGGAGAAGAGUCCUGAGCCAGAGCGUACAGGCGGGGCCGCCUCUGCCCAGGCGGUUAUUGAGAAGUUACAGGAAGAAAAUCGACUGUUACGACAGAAGGUGACUCAUGCAGAAUGGCACCGAGUCCGCUUCGGUGGGAGAUGGUUGCUCGUGGAUGUCAUCACCGUGCCUCAGGUGGAAGACCUCAAUGCCAAGUGGCAGCGCUACGACGCCAGCAGGGAUGAGUAUGUGAGAGGGCUCCACGCGCAGCUGCAGGGGCUGCAGGCCCCCCCUGAGCCUGAGAGGCCCUCCUGCCCCGAGCUGAUGAGGAAGGAGAUUUCCAGGCUCAACAGGCAGCUGGAGGAGAAGAUCCACGCCUGUGCGGACGUGAGGCGGGAGCUGGUGGCCAUGAGGGGGGCCCGAGACACAGCGCUGGAGCGGGUGCAGAUGCUGGAGCAGCAGAUUCUGGCUUACAAGGAUGAUUUCACCUCAGAAAGGGCAGACCGAGAACGGGCCCAGAGUAGGAUUCAAGAACUUGAGGAAGAGGUGGCCUCCUUGCGGCAACAGGCGUCCUGGACACAGGACCACCGAGAGCCAGGCUCCUGCCGGAUUCACACGGGAAACAGAACCUUCAAGUACUUAGAGACCGAUGCUUUGGAGCUCGUGGCACCCAGUGGCCGGAGGGCUGGGACUGGAUCUCAGGGGCUGGACUCCCCCGCCGAGGGCAGGUGCCCUGGAGCGACCCGGAGAGGGCAGGGGGACCUUCAGUGCCCUCACUGCCUGCGGUGCUUCGGUGACGAGCAAGGCGAGGAGCUCUUCAGGCACGUGGCUGAGUGCUGCCAGUGAGCCCCGCGCGGGACACGACAGCCCUCAAGAUCUGGGGCCCAGAACAGGCUGAGGGUGUUUCUGAUCCUUCACCUUGGUCCUCCUCGGGCGAUGGAACAGACUGGGUCAGAGGGAACCUCCCCUGGGGCAUCUGCUCCCAGGAGGGAGUGUGGCCCCCCAGCUGCCAGGUUGAGGCUGGGAGCAGCUGGGUGCAGGGAUCCGGGCCAGCGUGACUGGCCCCCCCCCAACCUGUACCCGGGCACGCUACAGCUGCUGGCGAGAGUGGGCGGACCAAACGUGUGGGCGCCAGGGUGAAAGGCCUGCCUUGUUCUGUUGAAUAAGGACCAGAAGGUUUGCAGAACAGGAGCACUGUGCAGCACCUCACACCUGGGGGCGGUCCCUGCCACCGCAGAGCCGUGUGUCUGCACUGAGACGUACUGCAGUAGCCUCUGCCACGUAUCUGGAAGUCCAGAGACAUUUCACAGUCACUUACUUUCAUAAUAAAUGUCCUUACUCUGGUGACUGCUCUGAGAAUGCAUCCUGGGGGCUGGGUGCAGGGACUGGCAGUAUUUCCAGUCUGGGCGGGACUUAAGACCAGCUGGUGAGGAGAAACACUCCCAUGUCCGCCACCUGCCUAAGGACUGAGAUGGAUUGGCUACGUGACCUGGCGCCAGCCCAGCUUUGCCUUUGGGCUGUUUCAGCCCCGGCCCAGGGCGUGAAGUCAAGGGCUGGAAACAAGGAGAGGAAGCAGGUGCCCGCUGGGGGCACAUCAGAGCCACAGAGAGCAAGGUAUGGCUGUGUAGGGCCUGUCAGUGGAGCAGGGGACAGGAAUGGGAAGGCGAGAGGGGAGACUGAGAUGCCGUGCUAAGUGUUUGCCAGGGUUCACUCAUUUAACCCUUCUAGCAGUUCCAGGCUGUAAGUACUAGGAUCAUCCUCAACACAGGCAGGGAAAACGAGGCAGAGGGGUUAAAUCACUUGCCCAAGGUCACACAGUGGCUGAGUGUCAAAGUUGGGAUUUGAACCUGUGUUCUUAAUUGCACAGUCUGUUGUUCUUCCUGGAACUCAGCCUUCUACGUGGUUAAGUCCUCCUCAAGUCAGCCUUCAGGUGUCACCGCCUCUGGGACUCCCCGCGCACCCCUCUCUGCUGCAGCCUGGCUAGAAGGGACCCGGCCUGUGUGGCUUGGCCUGGGUAGGCUACAGCAGAAAAGCCUCAGAGCUGGAAGAGUUUGUGGAUACCUGUGCACUGGAAAGAGAGGAUGGGGACAUCCCAGAGAGAAGGGAUUCACAAAAGGGGGAAACUUCAAAUCCUGGGCCCACCCCCAAAUUGUGCGUGCUUUGAGCAAGACCUCAAGGAUUCUGGGGUGAGAACAGAUGGAAAACAGAGCUAAGCAGGCAUCCUGGUGGCUGAAUGUUAUAGGGUGACAGCUUUGAAUCUGGGUCCCUCAAGGUUAGAAGGGCUUGGUAGACACUUCGGGUUUUCCUUUGAAACCCCAGAAGGGUCAGGCCUCAGGAAUAAAGUUGACAUCUUGGGACAAAAUGGAAAUAGCUCUUCUUCUAAAAGGGUAUACAAGUCCCAGGCCAUCAACCAACAAAUCACCUGCCUACUAGAAGGAGAACCACCUUUCUUUAGAAACGGGCAGAAUCUCGGACCUUACACUGUAGUAACCACAAAUGCAUUAUGCAAGAGGAAAUUCUAGGCGGGCGCCUGGCUGGCUCGGUCGGUAGAGCAUACAACUCCUGAUCUCAGGGUUGUGAGUUUGAGCUUAAAAAUAAAAUCUUAAGAAAAAAAGAAAAUACUAAACGUGGGAAAAAGGCAGCAUGAAGGUAUUUUCAGACAAAUAAUACAAGAUAAUGAAAUUUAUAUCCAACAGACUCAACUACAAGAAAUCUGUACUACAGAAAUUAUUCCAGCUGAAGGGAAGUGAUUCUGGAUAAAAACAAAUAAUAGAGAAAGGAAUGAAGAACAUGGGAGUGGGUCCUGUUUGGAGGGCUUUAAAACAUGCAGACGUGACCACAAGAGCUUUCUAGGUGGGGGAAGGGGGCAUUUAAUGAAUUUACACAGAAGUUUUUGCAUUGAUUUAAGGUGGACUGUGAUGCAAUAGGGUAGCAUAAUCUCUAUAGAGUAACCACUAAAAUAGUAAUAAAAAUAUUUAAAAAUGAA